AUGACAAAAAACACAAAAUCCAGAUUUUCGUGUGUUACAUGCCAAAGCUCUGAUCUUAAAACAAUCAAUGACCCAAUAGCAAAACUGGACACAAAAAUGUCAGACAUAAUUAAAUCAGUGAACUUUAUGAGCAAUCAGUUCGAUGAUUUUAAUAAAAAAUUAGAAUCAUCAUUAAUUGAAAUGAAACUUUUAAGAAACGAUAAUGAGAAAAUCAAAACUGAAAACCUACGAUUAUCUAACGAAAUCCUAGAAAUCAAACAAAAAUUAGAUUCAUUUGAACAACACAACCUCGGCAUCAGCGUUGAAAUAAAAGGAAUACCAAAAUCUCCGAAUGAAAAUUGUCUUGCUAUCGUACAACAGAUCGCAAAAAAAUUAAAUACCACAGUUACAACUACAGAAGCAACUAGACUAUCAACAUCAAAUAACAGCUAUCCAAUAAUAAUAGCAAAACUUGAAACAGCAGAAAUGAGAAAAAAUCUUAUACAUUCAUCGAAAAAAAUUAAGCUUAAUGCAAACAUGUUAUCUGUUAAUUGGUCAACCGAUAAUAAAAUAUUCAUUAACGAGCGCUUAACCAAGGACAAACGAAUUCUAUUUGCGAACACAAGAUCGACGGCUAAAGAAAAAAAUUAUAAAUUUGUAUGGAUAACAAACUCAGACAUUCUCAUCAGAAAGGACGAAAACUCAAAAAUCAUUCGAAUAAAGUCAGGUAAAGAUCUUCUGUCAUUAUAA